UGCUGCUGCGGCGCUCGGCGCGGGUAGGUCCCCCUGCUGCUUGGUUCCAUUUGUUGCCGAGUCCGGCUCGGGGCAGCCGCGCUGCGCGGAGCUCCGGAGAGCCCGGCAGGGCAGCCGCGCAGCCACGACGGAGCAGCCGCGGGAUUGGCCGCCCCGCGCCCCCUUCGCCGCCGUGCCCUUCCCCGGCGCGCUCACUCCCUUCUCGGGAUGGGAUUGUAGCGGCGGCGCGGACUCGGCGGGGGUCGCGGCGGAGGCGACGGCGGCGGCGGCGGCGGCCGAGCAGGGCUCCAUGUUUUCCCCCGGCCAGGAGGAGCACUGCGCCCUCAACAAGGAGCCGGUGAAAUACGGGGAGCUGGUGGUUCUGGGGUACAAUGGUGCUUUACCUAAUGGAGACAGAGGCCGGAGGAAAAGCAGAUUUGCCCUCUACAAGCGGCCGAAGGCUAACGGAGUCAAACCGAGCACGGUCCAUGUGAUAUCCACGCCGCAGGCAUCCAAGGCUAUCAGCUGCAAAGGUCAACACAGCAUAUCGUACACUCUGUCAAGGAAUCAGACUGUGGUGGUCGAGUACACGCAUGAUAAAGAUACGGAUAUGUUUCAGGUGGGCAGAUCAACAGAAAGCCCUAUUGACUUCGUCGUUACAGACACAAUUUCUGGCAGUCAGAACAAUGACGAAGCACAAAUUACACAAAGCACCAUAUCCAGGUUUGCCUGCAGGAUAGUCUGUGACAGGAAUGAACCUUACACAGCACGAAUAUUCGCAGCCGGAUUCGACUCUUCCAAAAACAUAUUUCUUGGCGAAAAGGCAGCAAAGUGGAAAAACCCCGAUGGCCACAUGGAUGGGCUCACGACCAAUGGUGUCCUGGUGAUGCAUCCGAGAGGGGGCUUCACUGAGGAGUCCCAGCCUGGGGUCUGGCGCGAGAUCUCUGUCUGUGGAGACGUGUACACCUUGCGAGAGACCAGGUCUGCGCAGCAAAGGGGAAAGCUGGUGGAAAGCGAGACCAACGUCCUGCAGGACGGCUCCCUCAUCGACCUGUGCGGGGCCACCCUGCUCUGGAGGACGGCAGAUGGCCUCUUUCACACCCCAACCCAGAAGCACAUUGAAGCCCUGCGGCAGGAGAUCAACGCUGCCCGGCCACAGUGUCCCGUGGGGCUCAACACCUUGGCCUUCCCCAGCAUCAACAGGAAAGAGGUGGUGGAGGAGAAGCAGCCCUGGGCGUACCUCAGCUGUGGCCACGUGCACGGCUACCACAACUGGGGCCAUCGGAGCGACACGGAGGCCAACGAGAGGGAGUGUCCCAUGUGCAGGACUGUGGGCCCCUACGUGCCGCUCUGGCUCGGCUGCGAGGCGGGCUUUUAUGUAGACGCGGGACCACCCACUCAUGCUUUCACCCCUUGUGGACACGUGUGCUCAGAGAAGUCUGCGAAAUAUUGGUCUCAGAUCCCGCUGCCUCACGGGACUCACGCAUUUCAUGCCGCCUGCCCUUUCUGUGCCACGCAGCUGCUUGGGGAACAGAACUGCAUCAAAUUGAUCUUCCAAGGUCCAGUUGACUGAUGCCCUUUACAGCCAUCGACGACGACUUUAUUAACACGUUACUGUGAAGAUUUUGCCACUAACUCCAGAUUUUACCUUUUUAUAAUACCGUUCAUUAAGGGGAAGGGGCGGUCCUGAGGCUGGGAAGAAAGAAGGGCGUGGUGAUGAAACAUGCCGGGCAUUGACGGGGCAUUGACGAUAACGGUGGCGUGUUGCAUGCUCAAAAUAGCAGCAUCGGCAUUGAAGUCUGCUUAAUUAAACCAUAAUAUCUUUGUAACAAUUGGAUUUAAAAUGCCAUGCUUUUAUUUUAACCUUGGGGUUUUUAAAACAAGUUUUCUUUGUUAAAUUUGGACAGGACUUUAAAUCCCAUUUUAAAACAACUGUAGAAGAAAAUUAAUUCAAAAGUUGUUGGCUCUUAACUGCAAACUUCAGUGCUGUGUGGUAUAGGUGUUAGACAUGCCGUAUCUGGAAAUACUUGAUACAGGUUAGAAUCUGACCAGAUACCAAAGGGGCAGCUCUAUAAGAUGAUGUUGGGGGACAGGAGACCUUAGGCACAGGUGAUUGUUUUGAUCUGGGGCUUUUCUCUGAUUUUUCUUUUGAGGGGACGGAAUAUUCAUACGUUGUCAUGUUUUCUUUUUUUUUUUUUAAACUUCGGUGGAAUUUAAUUACUUUAUACACACAUUCAUCAAAUACCUUGGCAUUUCAAACAAAGAGUUUUCCAUAACUUUUUAGCCUGCCUUUUGUUAUUUUUGGUCUGACAUGGUCUAUCCCUGAUUCUCAUCUUGCAUGGCCAGAACUGUUUGGUUGAUUAAAAUGUAGCUACUCUUAAAAAUUCA